CCGCUCUCGGUAUGACACUUGGGGAUCUCGGAGCUCCGGGCCGGCCGCUGGAGGGGCUCCGGUUGGCAGCGAUGGAUCCCCCCGAUCCUCCUCCUCCGGAUCUCCGCGAUCUGGAGACCAAACUGGGCCGGAAGACCCCGGAGGGAUUACUGAGGGGCCUGAGAGAGGAGUCCGGCCCGCCCGGGGGCCGCAGGAUGGACAACCCCGAACCGGGAGAACUGGGAGAGAAAAUCCGACACCUGCGGGGGGAGAUGGCCUGCCUGAGAGCGAUCGAUGUUCAGAUCCUGCAGCAGCUGCUGGCGGUGAAUGAAGGGAUCGAGUCGGUGAAGUGGAUCCUGGAGGAGAGGGGGAACCUCACCAGCCGCUGUAGUAGUCUGACCAGCAGUCAGUACAGCCUGACGGGGAGUCGGGAGACGUCCCGCCGCGGCAGCUGGAACAGCCUCCAGGACCCCAACGAUAAGCUGGACAGUAUCUCCAUCGGGAGUUACCUGGACACGUUGGCCGACGACAUGGACGAGUACAGCCUGAGCAUCAGCGAGCCGGUCGUGUCCUCCGCCCCGUACCGCCACGGGCCGCCGCCACCGACCUCCAACGAGCCGGAUGGCGAAAAACCUCGGGGCUCUCCUUCCAAGGCAGAGCGGGGGGACUAUGUGACCUGCCAGGGCAAUGCGGAUAAAGGGAAGGUGCCCCGGCCUCGGGUCCUCUCCCAGAGCUCCCAGUCUGGGCAAACGCCAAACGGGUCCGCCAAGCACACUCCGGAGCCGGACGCCAGAGCCGCCGAGGACAAGGCCAAGGUCAGGGCGGCCCAGAACGGCCGGGUGGACCUAGACAAAUGCAAACUGUCCAAUAAGAUGCAGCUGGAGUACGACGCCCACUGGCGCUGGGUGCAGUCUCAGGACGAUGUGACGUUCUUGUAGUCAUGUGACCCGCACGGUUCCUGACCCGCACGGUUCCUGAUCUCAGGGCAGAAGGUUCUGGAUGUUCCUCGGAAAGUCCGAUUACUUGAAAUCGCUUGUCUGCGCGGAUCGAGGCCCCCGGAGAACGCGCCGCACCGUGUUCAGGCCUCGCAGAUCUGAAAACUGCGCCAAACAUGUACAGACCAGACAAUGAUUCCCAGCCCUGUGAUUGGUCACAGAUCACUUAUUUGUAUCAUUUUUUUUUCUGAGAUCACUUUAAUAUAUUACAGAGAACGAUGAAUAUAAUUUAUAGGUAUCGAGGUGAUAAAUGCACCGCCCCCCAGUGUUCUGACCCCGCCCACGAGCAGAAAGCGGCCAAUAGAAAUUCUGCUGCUGCAAAUAAAUAUUGAAGGACAAAUGAAGGACCUGAAAUUAAAGCCGGACUCUACCAA